GAAGGUUUAAACCCUCAACAAUGUUAUACAUAUUCAUAAUAACUUACUUGGACUGCAGAGGCGUCUUCAUUCAUUCAUGACAGGGACAUUUCUGCGCUACAUAUAUGCUGACAUUGCAUCUAAAGAUUUUAAUUCAGAGAUCGUCUUCACGGAGUGAAGUGAGUUUUGACCGGCUGGCGAAAUGAAGACGCGCGAUGCUUGUUUAUUUGUCGGUCCGCUACAAAUGCGCGUUUAUUUAAUCCUCGGUUUACCUAUUUUUUUCACAGCCUUUACAUUUUUCGUGGACGUGUUUACACUACACAUGAAUUCUUGCGAUGACUAUAUAAAAAGCAAGUAUCUGAACCACACAGUUGACAGUAAUAUUUCCACCAUCAGAAGUUGGACGGAGAAUCGCAGCUACCUUGCACGUGGUCCUACGUGUCAUGAUAAUCACUUUUUUGCACACGGACAGGCAACGUAUAUGACAGGAUUACUCAUCGGAUCUUUAUUCGGUGGCGCUUUAUCUGACAAGUAUGGAAAGAGGUUUCUCCUCAUAUGCUGCUCAGUUGUCCACGCAGCCGCUACACUGGUCGUUGCGUUUCUGCCGUAUGUGUCUGUGUAUCUGACCGCGCGCUGCGUCACUGGAGCAGCCAGUUGUGCCAUUCACAUUUGCACCUACAGUUUAGGGGUUGAAUGGAGCCUGCCGAAGUAUCGGAUCUGGCCACCCACUCUGUUUUCGUUCACCUUCAGUGUUGGAAUGAUGGGACUGGCCGGCAUCGCUUUUUUGACAAAUGGCUGGAUGCAGUUUCAUCUGGCAUUGGGCAUUCCUCAGAUUAUCUUUCUACCUCUUUAUUUCUUUCUUCCAGAAUCUCCAAGAUGGCUGCUUCUAAAUAAGAGACUGGAAAUAUUAGAGGCCUAUCAAAACAGAAGUCCUGAGGACAAACACUAUCUGGGGAUGCUUUUGGACUCAAUGGACAGCAAGAACCAGAAGUCCCACCCAGAGAAGAUCUACACUGAAACAGAGUCUCAUUCCACCAACUUUACAUCGCCUACUAUACUGCUGCGGCUGUUUAUCAUGAGUUACAUUGGUUUUGCAUCUGCUCUUACGUAUUAUGGGAUAUGCUUCAGUGUGGGAAGUUUUGGAGUAAAUAUCUAUCUGGCGCAGUUUUUCUCUGGACUAUCGGAGUCUCCUUGUUUGCUUCUUCCAUUUCUGUUGAAGCGAUGGGGUCGCAGGCCCUUCAGCAUGGCCUCUCUGUUCCUCAGUGGCAUUUCCUGUAUGCUGUCCCUCCUCGUCUCCAAAUUCUGUGACAUGCCUGAGCUUGUUAUGACUCUGGCUUUGAUUGGCAAGCUUUGUAUGCAGUCUACCACAUGUGUCUCUUUGCUCUAUGGAAUUGAGCUGUUUCCAACUAUAAUAAGGCAGAAGUGUGUUGGGCUUGUUAGUCUGUGUUACCGGGUGGCCUGUAUUAUAAAUGCAGUGGUGGCCCCUGAGGGUGGGGUCCCUCUGCCAGCUAUGAUCUGUUAUAGCAGCGGGCCCAUCAUUGGUGCGGCCCUCUGUCUGCUUCUCCCAGAGACCAGCGGCAUCCCUUUACCAGAUACAGUACAGGACUGUGAGAGGCAGCCCAGACUGAAGCUUGCAUGCUGUGCACGAUGGCCCUUAAACUCCACACGAGAGACAGAUGCUUCUUUUACCAAGCAGAAGGACACGAAGAGCCAGCUGGAACGUAGUCCUCUCUCAGCACAGUUAGAAAACUGUUAACCUCUGUCUCUUUAUUGCAGAAUGUGAAUUUCUUUUGUUUUUCUUUUUAGUAAAACAGGAACUACAGUAGAAGUGAAGGUCUAAACUGGGUAUGUUGGCAUUUAAUAUUAGAAUACAGUGGUUGUAUGAGAUAUUUUGACCAUAAUGAACUUUGUACCUGGAGGAUUAUAGUAGACCUGCCAAAAUGUCAUAUUUUAUUGGAGUCGUUGCCAGGCUUACACAAUGUCUUAAAACCUUUUGGGUUCUGCCAAAAGCACACACUUUUAUGGUUUUUAUGAUCCUCUUAUUUUGUUAUAUUAUGUUUUGUGAAGUUGUUUUGUUUGUUUCUUUUUAAAUAAUUCAGAGUAUGGAUUGCCUGUUUUUGCCAAGCUCAUGUAUUUUCGGAGGUAAAAUUUUACUUUCACAAAAACACCCGGGGCAAAGUCUUACCAUGAAGCAGACAGCAGGUUAAAUCAUUUUGUUUUGAUUAAAUCUGCUUGUAUGGAUGCCAUCCAGUAAUAACACAUGUCUAUGGGGAAAACAUUUUUACUUUUACCGUUGAUAUAGUCAUCUGUUCAAUGAUACUUGCAGUAUGAAAUGUUUAGGUUUUUGAAAGAAUGAUUUAGGCAGUUGUAUAGCCAAGUCUAUGCAAAAGUGCAAAAACACAUUGUACAGUAAUGUUAUUUGUCAGGCCUCAAAUAUAUAUACUGUAUAUACAGUAUGUAAUAUAACAACUACGCCAGUUUCAUUAUCGAAUAUUAUAUACAGUAUAUGGCAACACAAUACGUUUAAGAAUCAGGUGUAUCAGAAUCAGGCCUUCAGAUGCUACAAAUAAUAAUUUACACCAAUCAUCCUGUCCAAAGGUUUAUAUAGCUUUGUAUGUACAGAAUACCUUUGCUUUCAUACAUCAUGUAUCAUUUUCUUGAUAGCUUGUGCAAAUAGGUUGUUCAGAGCAGUAUUCAAUAAAAAAAUUCCUCAUCUUUCUAAUAUGUGACCUGCCUGUGA